AUGGACCUGGAGGACAUCUCGGUGGUGAUGAAGCUGUGCGAUGACAACGUGCACAAGCUCCAAGAGAAUCUGCGAUCCUACCAGCGCGAUGUGCGGCGCGUUCGGAAUGUGAUAACGGAAAGAUGGGCCAAUGUGAAUCGACUGGACAGAAGGAUCAUCGCCCUUCAUGACCAAUUGGUGGGCAGUCUUAGCGAGGUGAAUGCCUAUAUCAUAAAGCUGAACCUGCAGAUAGAGCUGAACCGACCAUCCGGUCGAUCCAGGGAGAACGAAAAGUCUGGGGAGUCCUUGGAUGAACUAGACAUAUCAGAUAUCUCGGCUGUAAAGGCAAUCGAAGAGGCUGCUUCUGAUGAAACGGAUGAACAGCCGCCGGAGCAGGCCUCCGUCGAGAAAAGUCGAGAAGAUUCUACGCAGCUGGUGCCCGUUGAUCUGUCCAUGCGUUUGGCGGACUCCAGUUUGUCGUCGUCUGAAUGUAUGUCUCCUGAAUGUCUAUCUAAAAGUGCUCCCAAAGACACAUGUGCUAGGUGCUGGAUGUUGGAUAUUGAAUCCUGCAUCUGCAAUAAGUCUUUCCCAGAAGAUUCUAAGGUUACUACUGCGAACAACAGUAAUAUAAAGACCCAAGACACAACUCCAUUGCAAGUUAAAGAGAACCCAGUGGUUAUAAACUCUUUACCAAAAGAUCCUAAGGUUGCUACUACGACUUACAAUAACAUCUCCAACCAAGAUUCCAAAAACAUAACUCCCUUGCAAGUUAAAGAGAAUCCUGUGGCCGCCACCUUGCCCUCCACUUGGCUUAUUGAUUCGGCUGAGCAGAUUCCUGCUUCACAACCAGCAAUCGUUCCAGAGCUUCCAAAAACCCCUGGUAACCGAUCGCUUUUGGCUCCCAAAGGCGGCACCCAGACGACCAGCGCUGGAAUCUACAAUCAAAUCUUCAAGAACAUGGCUGCCUUUCCCGCCAGAACCUUGGUUACUGCCGCAUUGGUGCAUGUGAACAUAGCAAACGAGUGCAUCUAUGUGGCAAAAUGGGAUGACAGCUCCAAGAAACUCCGGCAGAUUCUAGAGGGACAGAUGCAACUGCAAGAAUUGCACCAGCUGCCCGAUUACGGAGACAUCUUUGCUGUCCUCGACAGUAGCGACAAUGUUGUUACUCGCAUCAUCAUGAAUACCAGUUCCACUGGAGGAGGCUACGAUGCAUAUCUGAUUGACUACGGCGAGCACAUUCACCUGAACGGAAACGAAACUAUAUAUGAAUUGCCGGACGACGUCAAGCGACUGCCGGCGGAGGCCAUCAGAUGCAAAUUAGCCAACUACUAUAUCGCCGAGAUGAAAAGUUUCCUCUACCAGAACCUUAAGCUGCGUGUGCUCGAAAACAAUGGCAUUGAACUGGUGGUGGAGGUGCUCAAGGAUGACCUCAGCAAAAUAAAAAAUUCCAUUAAGCCCAUCAAUGAAUGUCGUCCCGAACUAAGCGAGGCAGACAUGGCCAUGCUGAAUGAAAUCGAAGAGGGCACCAGUGAUCCUUUAAAGGCGGUGCUGGGAUUCAGACCCACGGACGAGCAACGCAUUUGUCGCCACUACGAUCCCAAGCUAAAUGGGUGCUUCAAGGGGAACGGCUGUCGUCUGGUUCAUGUACCCCUUGACCCGGAUGGCGCCACCAAGGAUGUAGAGGUAGUCGGAGCUCUUCCGGAGACCAUCUUUGCCACACCAGUGCCUCAUAAAGUCGGCAGCAUUGUCCGCAUCCUGAUCACCUUUGUCAAUGGCCCCACAGAGGUGUACGCCCAAAUUGUGGACGGAUCCGCUCCGCUGGUGUGGGAGGAAAAGGAUGUGCCCGAGGACAAACGGCACUUUAAGCAAAAGCCGCACGUGCUGGACAUUGUACUUGCCCUCUACAGCGAUGGCUGCUUCUAUCGCGCACAGAUAAUCGAUGAAAUGGAUACGGAAUUCAAGAUAUUUUAUGUGGAUUACGGAAACACCGAGUUCGUUCCCCUGAGCUCCUUGGCUCCGUGCGACUAUGUGGAGAGUCUAAAGCCCCAUCGGUGCAUCAGUUGUCAUAUGGAGGGCAUUGUGAGGGCAACAUUUCUGACGCACCAGAAGACAUUUGAAUGCGUCGAGUAUCUAAAGAGUAAAGUGCUCAACAAGGAGAUGGAUGUUAAGCUGGUGAAUCGUCUUCCGGAUGGCUUCCAAAUUCGCUUCCUGGGCGACUGGCUUGAAAUACCGCGUCAGCUGUUGAAUCGUAAAUAUGCCGAGCACAUCGGGAAUCGGCGUAAUUCCGUUGGUGAGGAAUCUUUAAAAAGCCUCCCAGCUGACGAAAAUUUUCAUAAAUUUUGAAUUAAUAU